GAAGCAUUGGAAGGACUCAGUGCAGGGUCCCGAGGAGCAAAAGGCGGUACAGAAGUGGGACCGGGAGCUGGAACGGGAGAGUCUGAGAGAUCAGAGAUAGGAGUGAUAGUAUUCUCAGUCAAGCAUGGGGAGUCGUGAAAGCUUUGAAGCUCUCAUCAUACUCCAUGUCUGCAACUUCCCUUGUAUUCUCACUACUACUAGUACUACCUCUCUGUUUAUGGAUACCAAGCCCAACUCUUGCUCAUUCUCUUGUCUCUCAACUCCCUGGAUUUCCAGGUUCUUUGCCUUUCCAUCUUGAGACUGGGUAUGUGAAUGUGGAUGAGGAGAUGGAUGGCAAUUUGUUCUAUUACUUUAUUGAGUCUGAGAACAAUCCUAAGCAGGAUCCAGUCAUACUCUGGCUCACUGGAGGCCCUGGCUGCUCUAGUUUUUGUGGCUUAGCUUUCGAAAUCGGACCUAUGGCGUUUGAUCCUCCUGGAUAUCAAGAAGGUCUUCCUACAUUGUUCUACAACCCAUUGACAUGGACAAAGCUUUGCAACAUCAUCUUCCUUGAUUCUCCGAUUGGCACUGGAUUCUCAUACUCGAAUCGCUACGAUGAGUAUAAAUUAGAUGACUACAAAUCUACCCAAGAUAUCCACACUUUCCUCAGGAAGUGGUUUGCUGAUCAUCCUGAAUUCAUCUCGAAUCCCUUUUAUAUUGCUGGAGAUUCAUAUUCCGGAAUGAUUGUGCCAGUAGUUGCUCAGAAAAUAGCAAAUGAUAAUGAUAAUGGAGUAGAGCAUCCAUUCAAUCUCAAGGGUUAUCUACUUGGCAAUCCAAUAACAGAUUAUAAGUUUGAUCAUGAGGCAAAAAUACCUUUUGUACAUGGAAUGGGUCUCAUAUCUAAUGAACUUCAUGAGGCAAUUCGGACAAGUUGUGAAGGGGAGUACUACACAUUUCCUAGAAAUGAGCAGUGUACCAAAAACAUUGAAUUAAUGGAUGAGUGCCUUGCCGGAAUUAAUCCGGUUAAUGUUUUAGACCCAGUGUGCCCUUUUGCGAGCCCGAAACCAGUCAGAUUCAAUGCAGAUAGAACAUUACUGGAAGAGCAAACAAUGAAAGAACUUCAUUUAACAAAAUCAGAUCUUAGUAAAGAGUGUAAGACUUCAGGAUAUCUGCUUGCUGCCAACUGGGCUAAUAAUGUUACUGUAAGGGAGUCUCUAGAAAUCCAUGAAGGAACAGUAAAACAAUGGCAACGUUGUGAUAGGAGCAUGCCGUAUACUUCUAAUUAUCAAAGUGUUGUAGAAUAUCAUCAUGAUCUUACAAAGAGGGGCUAUAAAGCGCUUAUUUACAGUGGAGAUCAUGACAUGAAUGCGCCUCAUGUGGGAACACAAGCAUGGAUAAAAUCUCUCAAUUUAACCAUUGUUGAUGACUGGAGACCUUGGAUGGUUGAUUCCCAGGUUGCAGGGUUCACAAGGAAGUACUUCAAUAAUCUGACAUUUGCUACAGUGAAAGGUGCAGGACACACAGCUCCAGAGUACAAGCAAAAGGAAUGCCUUGCUAUGUUUCAGAGAUGGAUAAAUGAUAUACCUUUGUAAUUUGAUGUGUGGUAUUUUGCAAUGGUUCAGUAAUAAAUUAUUUCUUCCAUUGAACAAU